UCGUUAUGGAAAGAUUUUUUUGUGGUAGUUGUAAAUUGAAGUGGGAGAAAGAAUAUGAUGAAAUAAAAUAUUUAAAUCGAAAAAGCGAUGAUAAUAUAAUUACAUUUUGUAUAUCUUGUUUAAAUGUGUUAUCAAGUGCUUCAAUCGAGAUAAUUGUUGAAAAAAUCAUAACAAAUCUUAAAAAUGAAAAUUAUGAAAUAGACGAUUAUGCAUUGAAUCUUUCAUUACCUUUGAUACUUUUGAAACUUGAGGAGAUCAUCAGACAUGAGUACAAUAUCGAUUCUCAAGUAUUGUCCACCCCAAAGAAAGAUUCUCACCGUCCAGUGAAAAAUAUUUACGAAACUUUUUUAUUCACGGUUAAAGACAUAUGGAAAAUACUAGUGAUCGACAAAUUAUCCGCCCAUCUAAAUGUGCCCUUCAAGACGAAUAGCGAUUUUUCCAUCAAUGUUUCCUACGUAACGGAAUCGUGUAAUAUGACCCCCUUGCUUAAAGAGGUCACCCACGCCAUCAAAGAUGUACCACCUUACAACGCUAAUCGAGGGUUAGAUUUGGCUAAACUUAAAACGUCAGUCUUUUUCAAACGAAACCCUAUUUUUUUAGCCGGAAGGUAUAACAAAUACAGUCGACGGUUGAGUCAGACCCCAUGGCUUAUAAACAACAAUCCGGUGCAAACCAACGGUUUAGAACCAAUUUCACUCGAGGAGAUCAUAAAGAAUGCUGUUACAACACUGAUUCUUCCACAUUGCCCUUGUGCCUCUCAGGCAAUAACCUUUUCGGCUUCAGGUAGAGAAGACGUUGACGUUCGUUGCCUGGGAGAAGGCAGGCCUUUUUGCCUUGAAAUAAACGAUUGUAGAUCUUCCCCGCAUAAAAUCUUUACUGGCCCGAGUGACAUUACUGACAAUAUUUUGAGACAGGUGGAGACCGACGUAAAUGCCUUUAGAGUAAUCAAAAUUCAACCCUCUACUCCUUCAUCGUAUUCCUCUUUGAAUCAUAGAUUCAAGCUAAGCGAAGGACCUAAUCUUACGACAGCUGACCUUAUGAUCGACACCUCCCGAUUGAUAUCCAUCAAGGACAUGCAAAUGGUUAGUAAAGAAGACGUGAAGCUAUUUUUAAAGCAAGGCGAAACCACGAAAUCUAAAUCCUACAAGGCGCUAUGCUUCACUUCCACUCCCCUCUUUAGUCCAUUCCGCGAUUCUGAUAAUUUGCAAGAAAAUUGCAAUGAAUACAAUAAAUUAUUUACGGAAUAUUUUUCGAAAUUCGCAUUUCAGUGUACCCCGAAACGAGAUCCGAAUAGCCAAGGUUUACAAGAUGAUCAUAUUAACGGUGUUUGCACAAAUGAAGAUACGAAAGUAGAUGACCAAGCGAAUAAAAAUGGAGCGAGUUUUGAUUUGAAUAUAAAAGUCUCUGAUAAAAAUCCGCUACUAAUUGUUUAUCAGAAAACCCCAUUGCGCGUUUUACAUAGGAGAUCAUUGCUUAACAGGCCAAAAUCUUUGUAUCAACUCGAUGCUCAGUUCAUCCAUCCUCAAUAUUUUAUAUUGGACCUAAUAUGCCAAGCAGGAUUUUAUGUCAAAGAGUUUAUUCAUGGGGAUUUUGGUAGAACCAAACCAAGCCUAACCUCAAUAUUUGGUCAGCAAAUACAUAUUUUGGAAUUAGAUGUUACCCAGAUUCAUUUGAAUUGGCCACCUUCUCUAUCAUCUUGAUCAUAUAGGCUAUUAAUAAAUCAAUUUGUUAAUUUACAUUAA